GCAAAGACUCCUUGACGAAUGGAGCACAGAAAGACCCGGCCGACGACAUAACUGUGUACACCUCUGCCAGGGCCCAAACACACAGCGAGCUCGGCCCGGAAAGAGCGGAACGUGUCCGCAGCUCUGCGCAGGCGUUCAGGGGGUGCCAGGAGCCUUCUGUGCGAGGCCUCGGUGUCCGCUCCUCCGGCCUGCGCGGGAUCUUCGUCGCGCCAGAGUGAACAGCGUGCUGCGACAUGGGGAAGCUCAACGUGGUGAUCCUCCGGUACCUCUCCAGGGAGCACUUCAGGGUCCUGACAUCGGUGGAAAUGGGCAUGAAGAACCAUGAAAUAGUUCCUGCGAGCUUAAUUGCUUCCAUUGCCAGCCUUAAACAUGGAGGCUGUAAUAAAAUUUUGAGAGAGUUGGUGAAGCACAAACUUCUAGCUUAUGAAAGAACAAAAACUGUCCAGGGUUACCGUUUAACUAAUGCAGGAUAUGAUUACCUUGCUUUGAAAACUCUGUCUUCCCGACAAGUCAUAAAUUCAGUUGGAAACCAGAUGGGUGUUGGCAAAGAAUCAGAUAUUUAUAUUGUUGCAAAUGAAGAGGAGCAGCAGUUUGCCUUGAAAUUCCAUAGGCUCGGAAGAACUUCCUUUCGCAGUCUGAAAAACAAACGAGACUACCACAAGCACAGACAUAAAAUGUCAUGGCUGUAUUUGUCCCGGCUAGCAGCAAUGAAAGAGUUUGCCUAUAUGAAGGCUUUGCAUGACAGGAAAUUUCCUGUUCCAAAACCUGUAGACUACAACAGGCAUGCAGUUGUUAUGGAACUUAUUGAUGGCUAUCCUUUGUGCCAGGUGCGUCAAAUUAAAGAUCCUGCUUCUGUCUACAGUGAAUUAAUGGAUCUAAUUGUAAAACUUGCCAAUCAUGGUUUGAUUCAUGGUGAUUUCAAUGAGUUCAAUCUCAUAUUGGAUAAUGAUGACCAUGUCACAAUGAUUGAUUUCCCUCAGAUGGUAUCAACAUCACAUACAAAUGCUGAAUGGUAUUUUGACCGAGAUGUUAACUGUAUUAAGGAGUUCUUUAAGAAACGCUUCAACUACGAGAGUGAGCUCUUCCCAGCAUUCAAAGACAUAAGGAGAGAGUGUUCUCUUGAUAGAGAGAUUGCUGCCAGUGGCUACACAAAAGAAAUGCAGGAAGACGUUGAACUGCUUUAUUCACCAUGUUCAGAUGAGGAUGAUAAUGAAGCAGACCUAUCAGAAUUUGUAGAAGAUUCUGAGAAUGAGCUCAGCUUCAGCAAAGAUAAAGAAAACAUUGCAGACUUCAUGCAUGACAUUGGUGAUUUCUCUGAAAGCAGACCCUGUAAUGACUUCAUGUAUAACAAUGAAGAGCCUGAUACAGAUGAAAGUGGUGAAAAUACACAAGGGUUGAAUAUGUCACAGUUGAGUUCAGCCUUAGAAGAAGUUGAAGGGCAGGCUGUGCUUUGGAAGACUGGUGAAGAUGCAGAGAAUUCUGGAAUUGCUUUUCUUGAGGGCAAAAACAUCACUGAAAAUGCUGCUGAAACUGAAAAUCAGGCAGGUCAAGGAGCGUGCUGUAGUAUUAAGGAGAAUGAAGAAAAUUUCCCUGAUCUGAUUGACUUGUCAAGUUUAAAUGAGAAACUCAGGCAGUACAGAAAUGAAGAGGGGAUCAUUCAUAUUUCUGAGCACAGAAGAAGGACAAAAAGUGUCACAUCUGUCAGAAGUACUGAGACCUGUUCAACCAUUCCAGCGGAACUGGUGAAACAGAAAAUAAAACAUCAACUGACCAAACAGGAGAAAUUUGCUCUAAGAAGACGGCUGCAAAAAGGAGAGGCAAAUAUUUAUACUAAGCAGCGUAGAGAAAAUAUGCACAACAUUAAAUCAAGUUUGGAUGCUGCUAGUUUCUGGGGAUAAUUUGUUAAAACAUGAGAACUUAUAAUGUAUAAAGACGAAAUAACUAUGUUAAUAAACAUUGAUCAUUUUAUAUAAUGGAUAAAUCUCUUCUAUGCAACCAGGGUUUUCUUCUGGAAGUUAAACCUCAUAUUGGAUCCUUUGAUUUCCUUUGUGGGAUUUUGCUUUGUGUUUCUGGUUAAAAGCACUGACUUUAGUACCAGCUAUGAUCAUUUAACAACAAAAUUUCCAACACUAUCUUGUUGAAAAUCAGUUGUACUGUGUUUAUUUAAAUUAGGAAUCUUCUGCUGUGUAGAAGACUCCUCCUAAGAGGGAAGGAAGGGAAAUUUUUCAAA